GAAUGCACCGAGUCAGUUCUCGAGUUCAGUCCGACAUUUGCUCCCAGUGAGGUUGACGUGUGUUACGUGCUUGUAGGCUGUGUGGACUAUUUCGACAUUUCAGCAUUAAAUUUUCAAGUGCAACGAAUUAAUAUUAUAAUGCAACUAUUUUAAGUGCACUCGUGACAGUUCAAUAUCAUCAUACCUACAGAUGCAGGAGGACAAAUGUGUGGAACAUUUAUUAUAAGACAAGUUUAAUUUUGAUUAUUCAAAUUUGCACGUGUAUUUAAUCAAAAUCCUUGACGUGUGAGUUGGGGUUCCAUUGAAGUUAGUUUGUGAGUCAGCUAUCCAGAAACAUGGAUGAUAAGUCGCGACGUAAAACGCCAACGAAAAAGCAAAGGAAGGAAGGAGAGCUUGAUGACUUGAAACAAGAAUUAGAUAUCGAUUUUCACAAAGUAUCACCCGAAGAAUUAUAUCAACGAUUUAAUACUCACCCCGAAAAUGGUCUUAGUCACGCCAAGGCGAAAGAAAACUUAGAAAGAGAUGGACCGAAUGCUUUGACCCCGCCGAAACAAACACCAGAAUGGGUCAAAUUUUGCAAGAACUUGUUUGGAGGAUUCGCCUUGUUGUUGUGGAUCGGUGCCAUUUUAUGUUUUGUCGCAUACUCCAUCCAAGCUAGUACUGUGGAAGAACCAGCAGAUGAUAAUUUGUAUCUUGGUAUUGUAUUGGCGGCUGUAGUUAUAGUUACUGGUAUAUUUUCGUAUUACCAAGAAUCCAAGAGUUCCAAAAUUAUGGAAAGUUUCAAAAACAUGGUUCCACAGUUUGCAACAGUAUUACGUGAAGGUGAAAAGUUAACCUUACGAGCGGAAGAUUUAGUACUCGGAGAUGUCGUAGAAGUGAAAUUCGGCGACAGGAUACCUGCAGAUAUCCGUAUUAUUGAAAGCCGAGGAUUCAAGGUAGACAACUCUUCCUUGACUGGUGAAUCAGAACCUCAAUCUCGAGGUCCCGAGUUUACAAAUGAAAAUCCUUUAGAAACGAAGAACUUGGCGUUCUUCUCUACUAACGCCGUCGAAGGUACUGCCAAAGGUGUCGUUAUCAGCUGUGGAGACAACACUGUCAUGGGUCGUAUUGCCGGCUUGGCUUCAGGCUUGGACACUGGGGAGACUCCAAUCGCUAAAGAAAUUCAUCACUUCAUUCAUCUCAUCACUGGAGUCGCUGUAUUUUUAGGUGUAACAUUCUUUGUUAUUGCAAUUAUUUUGAACUACCAUUGGUUAGACGCUGUCAUCUUCUUGAUUGGUAUCAUCGUCGCUAAUGUCCCUGAAGGUUUAUUGGCUACUGUAACCGUAUGUCUAACCCUUACUGCUAAGCGUAUGGCAUCCAAGAAUUGUCUUGUCAAGAAUCUUGAAGCUGUAGAAACUCUUGGUUCUACCUCAACUAUCUGCUCAGACAAAACUGGCACACUGACCCAGAACAGAAUGACUGUAGCCCACAUGUGGUUUGACAACCAGAUUAUUGAAGCCGACACCACUGAAGAUCAAUCUGGAGUCGUAUAUGACAGAACCAGCCCUGGUUUCAAAGCUUUGGCGCGCAUUGCAACUUUGUGCAACAGAGCAGAAUUCAAAGGAGGUCAGGAAGGUGUACCCAUCUUGAAAAAAGAAGUCAGUGGUGAUGCAUCUGAAGCUGCUCUUCUCAAAUGUAUGGAACUGGCUUUAGGAGAUGUUAUGUCUAUUCGAAAACGAAAUAAGAAAGUCUGUGAAAUUCCAUUUAACUCCACAAACAAAUACCAGGUUUCCAUUCACGAAACUGAAGAUGCGUCAGACCCCCGUCAUGUAAUGGUUAUGAAAGGAGCUCCUGAAAGAAUCUUAGAAAAAUGUUCCACCAUCUUCAUUGGAGGAAAGGAAAAACUACUGGACGAAGAGAUGAAAGAAGCUUUCAAUAAUGCAUAUCUGGAAUUGGGCGGUCUUGGAGAGCGUGUAUUGGGCUUUUGUGAUCUCAUGUUGCCUACAGACAAAUUCCCCUUAGGUUUCAAAUUCGACAGCGAUGAUCCCAACUUCCCAAUUGAAAACCUUAGAUUUGUUGGACUCAUGUCUAUGAUUGAUCCUCCUAGAGCUGCCGUACCUGACGCUGUUGCCAAGUGCCGAUCUGCUGGUAUCAAGGUUAUCAUGGUUACAGGAGAUCAUCCAAUCACUGCAAAAGCCAUUGCUAAAUCAGUGGGUAUCAUCUCAGAGGGUAAUGAAACUGUAGAAGAUAUCGCGCAAAGAUUGAAUAUUCCUGUAUCAGAGGUAAAUCCACGAGAAGCCAAGGCAGCUGUUGUACAUGGAACUGAGCUUAGGGAACUCAACUCUGAUCAGCUCGAUGAAAUUCUUAGGUAUCACACUGAAAUUGUAUUUGCUCGGACAUCUCCUCAACAAAAGCUGAUUAUUGUUGAAGGAUGCCAACGUAUGGGUGCUAUUGUCGCCGUAACUGGUGAUGGUGUGAAUGACUCACCUGCUUUGAAAAAGGCUGAUAUUGGUGUUGCCAUGGGUAUUGCCGGAUCUGAUGUAUCAAAACAGGCUGCUGACAUGAUUUUAUUAGAUGACAACUUUGCAUCUAUUGUCACUGGUGUGGAAGAGGGUCGUUUGAUAUUCGACAAUCUGAAGAAAUCUAUUGCUUACACAUUGACUUCAAAUAUCCCAGAAAUUUCACCAUUCUUGGCAUUCAUCUUAUGUGAUAUCCCGCUACCUUUGGGAACUGUAACAAUCUUGUGCAUUGACUUGGGAACUGACAUGGUGCCUGCCAUCUCAUUGGCCUACGAACAUGCUGAAGCUGAUAUCAUGAAGAGGCCGCCUAGAGAUCCAGUCAAUGACAAACUUGUAAAUUCCAGACUUAUCUCUAUGGCUUAUGGGCAAAUCGGAAUGAUUCAAGCAGCUGCUGGAUUCUUUGUAUACUUUGUAAUCAUGGCUGAAAAUGGAUUCUUACCCAUGAAAUUGUUUGGAAUUAGAAAACAAUGGGACUCGAAAGCUGUCAAUGAUCUAACAGAUUCUUAUGGACAAGAAUGGACAUACAGAGAUCGCAAGACUCUUGAAUAUACCUGCCACACUGCCUUCUUCGUCUCUAUUGUCGUUGUACAAUGGGCUGAUUUGAUUGUCUGCAAAACGCGCCGUAAUUCCUUGUUACACCAGGGAAUGAGAAAUUGGGCUCUCAACUUUGGUCUAGUUUUUGAAACUGCCUUAGCAGCAUUCCUGUCAUACACACCAGGAAUGGACAAGGGACUGAGGAUGUUCCCACUGAAGUUUGUUUGGUGGCUGCCUGCUCUGCCAUUCAUGAUUUCCAUCUUCAUCUAUGAUGAGACUAGAAGAUUUUACCUACGUCGCAACCCUGGUGGUUGGUUAGAACAAGAAACAUAUUAUUAAGAAAAAUGUUGCAUAUAGAAUAUAUAAAAUUUUUAAAUUAGUCUCAUUGAGCAGUAAUAUGAUAGCAACCAAUUUAACAUUGAAAUAUUGUUAAUUGUUGUUCAAUCAUACCAAUUUAUGGUUGCUAUUAUUUUAAAAAAAUUGUUCUGUUAAUAAAUUAAGAUUGUUUUUGAUUUAAGACAUGUUUUGGCGUUUAAAACCCAUAUUUCAGAAAUGUCAUUGCAAAUCUUGAUGAUAAAAAGGCAGGUAGUAACGAUAACAUUUUUGGGUUUUUAUUUUAUUUUGAGUUACAACUACCUUUAUACCUGAUUUGUAGAGCAGAAAAAAUGAGCAAAAAGUUCAAUGUAUUAUUGAUCACAUAAGGCAAUAAUACAAAUUUUUCCAAUUAAAUGCAACGCAUUAGUAAAUUCAUUGAAAUGCAAUUCCUAAUGCAUUGCAUGUAAAUAGACAACUCACUGCUACAAACAGUGCAUUAAAUUCUGUUUUAGGCAUUAGUUUUUGAAAUCCAUUUUCAUUUUAGAUCAUUUUUGCUAUGUGCAGUAUUCGGUCCUUAGGAUCUAAGGUAAAAAUUUAAUAUAGAUAUAAAGUCACUGUAAGAAUGUCAUUUCUGAACUUUUACUAGACCAUGUAGAAUAUAACGAGUUCAUGCUUUUGAAGAUGUGAAAUCUUAAUUAUGUUUAAAUUUAUUUUCUUCUUUUUCUCUUUUUUUUUAAAAAAAAAAGAAUCUUCAAUAAAAAAAAAAAGAAUCUUCAAUAAAAAAAAAAAUGUCGA